CCCCCUUGCGUGUGACGUUCCAUAGAGCGGCGUUUGAUUCUCUCUGGAGCUUCGAAAAAGGCUAAAUAAAUAGGUUGCCUCGUAAUUGGCGCCUGCGCAAUACGUCCCUGUGGUUCCCUGGUCUCGUCGCGGCGUUGCUCCCCUCGCUUUUCCCGUGCCUGGUUGCCCGGGGCAACGGCCGCUUCCCUCCUCUCUUCCCCGCAACAUGUCUGGGGACCAGGUGAGCAGUCUCUGCGAGCAGUUGGUGAAGGCGGUGACGGUGAUGAUGGACCCGGCCUCCUCGCAGAGAUACCGUCUGGAAGCUCUCAAGUUCUGUGAAGAGUUUAAGGAGAAGUGUCCAAUAUGUGUUCCCUGUGGACUGAAGCUGGCAGAGAAAACCCAGACUGCUAUUGUCCGACACUUUGGUCUUCAGAUCUUGGAGCACGUGGUAAAGUUCCGAUGGAACAGUAUGGGUCGGCUUGAGAAAGUCUAUUUGAUGAACAAUGUCAUGGGACUGAUAUCCAGUGGUACCCAGAAUACUUUAGAGGAAGAAAGUCAUAUAAAGGAUGUUCUCUCGCGCAUUGUCGUGGAGAUGAUCAAACGCGAAUGGCCCCAGCAUUGGCCUGACAUGUUGGAUGAACUGGACACACUCUCCAAGCUAGGGGAAACCCAGACAGAGCUGGUGAUGUUUAUUCUUCUGCGCUUGGCGGAAGAUGUAGUGACCUUUCAGACAGUACCAGCCCAGCGACGACGAGACAUCCAGCAAACUCUCACGCAAAACAUGGAGAAGAUCUUUACUUUUCUACUCAACACCCUUCAGCAAAAUGUUAACAAAUACCGACGCAUGAAGAUGGAUGCAUCUCAGGAACCAAAGGCACAAGCAAACUGUCGAGUGGGAAUAGCAGCACUGAACACUCUGGCUGGCUACAUCGAUUGGGUGGCUAUGAAUCAUAUCACAGCAGAUAAUUGCAAGCUCUUAGAAAUGCUAUGCCUUCUCCUGAAUGAGCCAGAGCUCCAAGUGGGAGCAGCAGAGUGCCUCUUGAUUGUAGUCAGCAGGAAAGGGAAACUGGAGGACCGCAAGCCUUUGAUGGUUUUGUUUGGAGACGUUGCCAUGCACUACAUCCUCUCAGCUGCCCAGACAGCAGAUGGAGAAGGCCUGGUGGAGAAACACUAUGUUUUCUUGAAGAGACUUUGUCAAGUCCUGUGUUCUUUGGGCAGCCAGCUAUGUGCAUUAGUGGGUCCUGACACAGAUGUGGAAACACCAGCCAACUUUGGGAAAUACCUUGAGUCGUUUUUAGCUUUCACAACCCAUCCCAGCCAGUUCUUACGCUCUUCCACCCAGAUAACAUGGGGAGCUCUUUUUCGGCAUGAAGUUCUAUCACGUGAUCCUGUGUUGCUGGCUAUGUUCCCCAAAUAUCUGCGAGCAUCUAUGACUAAUCUAGUCAAGGUGGGUUUUCCUUCCAAGACUGACAGUCCCAGUUGUGAAUAUUCUCGCUUUGACUUCGACAGUGAUGAAGAUUUUAACUACUUUUUCAACUCUUUCCGUGCCCAGCAAGGAGAGGUGAUAAGGAUGGCGUGUCGCCUGGACCCUCGGACUGGUUUUCAGAUGGCGGGGGAGUGGCUGAAAUACCAACUCUCUUCUCCUGUUGAUACUGGUCCCGUGAACUCUAAAACUGGUGAAGGCCUCUGCUCCAUCUUUUCCCGUUCCUUCGUGCAGUGGGAUGCUAUGACCUUUUUCUUGGAGAGCAUCAUUAGCCCAAUGUUCCGGACUCUGGAUAAGGAAGAAAUCCCAGUGUCCGGUGGCAUAGAGCUGCUGCAGUUGGUUCUGAGUUUUGAAACGAAGGAUCCACUCAUAUUGUCUUGUGUCCUGUCUAAUGUCUCUGCACUCUUUCCAUUUGUUACUUACAGGCCUGAAUACCUGCCAGAAGUUCUUUCCAAGCUCUUUGCCUCUGUUACCUUUGAGGUUGUAGAAGAAAGUAAGGCCCCAAGGACCCGUGCAGUGAAAAAUGUGAGAAGACACGCCUGCUCUUCAAUCAUAAAGAUGUGUCGGGAUUACCCUCAGCUUGUCCUGCCAAACUUUGACAUGCUGUAUAACCAUGCGAAGCAGCUGUUAUCCAAUGAACUGCUCCUAACUCAGAUGGAGAAAUGUGCUCUUAUGGAAGCCCUGGUCCUUAUCAGCAACCAGUUCAAGGAUUACCACCGGCAGAAAGCUUUCUUGGAAGAGCUGAUAUCUCCUGUUGCUACUCUUUGGCUGUCUGAAGAAAUGAAAAGAGUCUUAAUGAAUCCUGAAGACUUUAUCCAUUACGUUGGUGCUGAUAACAAAAUAGCAGACCCAGUCAUGGAAGAUCCCUGUGGUCUCAACCGUUCACGAAUAAGCUUCUGUGUGUACACCAUUCUGGGAGUUGUAAAACGUGCACGUUGGCCCACUUCACUGGAAGAGGCGAAGGCUGGAGGAUUUGUGGUUGGGUGCAUGCCUAACGGCAGUCCUAUGUAUCGCAACCCUUGCUCUGUGCAGGUCUUGAAACUUCUUGACAACUUGCUUGCUCUCAUAAGGACCCACAACAAUCUGUACAUGCCGGAGAUGGUGGCUAAAUUGGGGGAGACUUUUUCAAAGGCCUUGGAUAUGCUGGAAGUUGAGAAAAAUGCCAUCCUAGGCCUUCCUCAACCUCUACUGGAGCUUUAUGAUGCUCCUGUUUACAAAACUGUCUUGGAAAGGAUGCAGGGCUUUUUCUGCACCUUGUAUGACAACUGCUUCCACAUUCUGGGGAAUGCCGGCUCAUCAAUGCAGCAAGAUUUCUACACUGUUAAUGGCCUCGCAUCUGAACUUCUUAACUCUGCCUUUGUCAAUCUUAACAAUAUCCCUGACUACAGACUCCGCCCUAUGCUUCGUGUGUUUGUGAAACCCUUGGUCCUCUCUUGCCCUCCAGAACACUAUGAAACUCUUAUCUGUCCUAUACUUGGGCCACUGUUCACCUACUUACAUAUGAGGCUGUCCGGGAAAUGGCAAGUCAUCAAUCAACGGAGUCUGCUUUGCGACGAGGACACAACUGAUGACAACCCAGAAUCCCAAGAAAUGCUGGAAGAACAACUGGUUAGGUUGCUCACCCGCGAAGUCAUGGACUUGAUCACUGUGUGCUGUGUCUCAAAGAAGGGUGCUGAGCAGAAUAAUGCUGUUGCUGCAGAUGGAGAUGGUGUUGUCAUUUUAGAUGAGGAAAUGAUGUCCACAGAGGUGACUCCACCAUCCAGCUCUGAGCUUACUGAACUGGGCAAGUGCUUGAUGACACAAGAGAAUAUUGGCACUGCUCUGCUGAUAACAGCCUUCACCUCCCUUUCCUGGAAAGAUACCCUGUCCUGCCAAAGAACCACCACCCAGCUUUGCUGGCCACUGCUCAAACAGGUCCUGACUGGGCCCUUGAUCCCUGAUGCAGUGACCUGGUUUUUCAUAAGCGUGUUGAAAGGAUUACAGAUGCAUGGACAACAUGAUGGCUGUUUGGCAGCUCUUGUCCACUUGGCUUUCCAGAUAUACGAGGCUUUGCGUCCACGCUAUGCUGAACUUCGGGCAGUGAUGGAAGAAGUUCCAAAAAUUCUAAAAGAAUCCUUGGAGCAAUUUGAUACCAAGCUGCUCAACCCAACCCUGCAGAGAGUUGCUGACAAGCGCAGGAAAGACCAUUUCAGGCGCUUAAUUGCAGGCUGUAUUGGGAAGCCUCUAGGAGAGCAGUUCCGCAAGGAAGUUCACAUCAGAAACCUGCCCUCUCUUUUCAAAAAGGUGAAACCACCGGUUGAGUCAGACCUACUGGAUAACAAUGAAGAUGGAAAUCUCAGCGCACUCUUUGAACCAUAAAUUUAGAAUGCUUCCACUCCACCUAUGCCAUUGUGUGGUGCAUUCUUUCACAGUACCCAGUUGUUUACUUUGCUCGCUCCAGAGCCUGGAUAAAGUUCUUACUAGCCCCGACCUUUUUCCAGUUAGGACAUGAGAAGUACACAUUCAGUCCAGUUUACUAGGUGUGAUGUGACUGAUUUUUAUCCCUUCAGCUUAGUGUACAACUGGCUUUUCCUUCAACACAGCCCCAGCCAUUUAGUAUGAAGGUUCAGUUCUUCCCCACCCCACAAAGCUUGUACUGGUCCUCUAGGAAUGAACCUCUACCCAAACACACAAUAUUUUCCCCAUGAAGGAUUCAGGAUAUCUACACUGUGGCUGCCUCCAAGCAACACUAACAUGAGCCUCAUCCUCCUUUUGGAAGGGCCACAUUUUCCUAACGUAACAGGACUGCACACUGUUUGAUGUACUGCACCACCACUCCAUGGAAUUUAUCUUAGUAUUUUCUUCUGGAAAGUAGCAUAUACGCACUAGCAGCAAGGAACGUUCCGGAAGAAAUUGCUUCUGUUAUCUGUUUGAUUCAACCAUGCCCCCAGAGGUCUAGUAUAAAACAAGGUGACCUCGACUCUUAAAAGUGUUAAUACAAAGCAGAUGUCCCACUUCCAAAACGAGCUUCAGCUGGCAACACCUUGCUUAGUCUAGUGAACAACAGCCCACAGCUACUUUUAUGUAACAACUAGAUCUUUGGUUGAACUGUUACAGUAGUUUGAGGAAGUAUAACAAUGUUUUACUGAAACAAGGUGCAUUUUAAGGCGCACCUAGCCCUAACAAGGUGGGCAACCUUUGUGAUUACAUUCAGAUCCUUACUUCUAGUUAGAUGCCACUGGGAUGUCUUUAUAUCCACUGUCCCCUCUAGUAACUUUAACAAAAGUCCCAGCUCUAAAGGCAGCUUCUACUUAUUGUGUCAUUGUUUUAACUUUCUGUGAUGGUAAACAUUUUAAAUCAUAGAGGGUUCUUCUGCAGAGAUGUAGUAUCUACAGAUGUCUAUGAAUGAAUUGUGAUACACUUGAAUGCCAGUAAAGAUCUUUCAGUUCUA